AUGCCGCCAGCUACAUGGGCCUCGAAGGAACAGACGCUCUGGCUUCGAGAACAGUUACCAACAUACGUGGAAUUUGCGAAAGAGGGGCAGUAUACUCAGUUCUGGCCUAUACUCAAUGGCGGAUGGUUCGGAAAGUAUCCGGAGCACGCAGUUCUCUUUCCCGACAUCCCCGAGGAUUUACUUUCUCCAGAGCAAGUGAGCGCUGUUGAGGAGGCCAAGACAGCGCGCAAAGUACAACUUCAAACAUGGUACCGGUGGCGCACAAAUGGUUCCAAAAAAAACCGCAGCCUGAAGAAGACGUCAACUGUUUUCGACAAUGCCUUGCAGCCAAAGAGACGUGCAAAGACCGAGGCUGAGAUCUAUUCCGAAAUGUAUUAUGAUGAACGCAUCAAGCCAUUGGUCGUGGCUGAGGCGGAAGCCGGCAACGUGGCAACUUCUGGAAAGCGUGUGGCACUCGGCCGAAAGUUCUCGAAGGAGUUGCUUGAAGAUGAGUCCGAGGACGUCAAGGCUGAAAUUCGUGCGAAGUAUGAGCAACGGCUUAAAGCUCUC